GCUUUUAUUUAGUUGCACUUCAGCACCACCAAAAAGCGCAGAGAGAUUUCUGGAGUGAAUCACCGUCUAAACACUCAGCUGGAGCAGAACCAGUGUCAUGGGGCCCUUACUCUGGGAAGGGCGCCUGUCAUGUUUUCUUUUCCAUGCUUCUGUUCUCCUGCUGCUCAGCAAGGGGGAGCGGAUGUGCCCUGUGAGUUGCCGCUGCGAAGGCAAGAUUGUUUACUGCGAGUCUGGCGCCUUUCAAGACGUCCCGGAGAACAUCUCUCUAGGGUGCCAGGGUCUAUCCCUGCGGUACAACAGUCUCUUGUUGUUGCUACCUUACCAGUUUGCUCACCUCAACCAGCUGGUCUGGCUCUACCUGGACCACAAUUCAAUCAGCGUAGUGGAUAGACUGGCUUUCCAGGGACUUCGCAGGCUAAAGGAACUAAUCCUAAGCUCUAACAAGAUUGCGCAGUUGCAAAACGGCACCUUUGAGACUGUCCCAAACCUGCGCAACCUUGACCUGUCCUACAACCAGCUGCAGGACUUGAUGCCGGGGCAUUUUCAUGGACUACGCAAGCUUCAGAAUCUUCACCUGCGAUCAAACAACAUCAAAAGCAUCCCUGUCCGUACUUUUAUGGAAUGUCGAAGCCUGGAGUUUCUAGAUUUGGGUUACAAUCGCCUACGGACUAUAACUCGUACGACCUUUCUGGGACUGCUCAGGCUGACGGAACUCCACCUUGAGCACAAUCAGUUUUCCAGGAUUAACUUUUUCCUGUUUCCACGCCUCUUGAAUCUGCAGGCUCUUUAUCUGCAAUGGAAUCGCAUACGGUCGGUCGUCCAAGGUUCGCCUUGGACUUGGCACACUUUACAGAAAUUGGAUCUAUCGGGCAACGAGAUUCAAGUUUUGGAUCCGGCUAUUUUUGGGUGUCUGCCCAACUUGCAUACGCUCAAUCUGGAGUCUAACAAGAUAAGCAACGUGUCCCAGGAAGUUGUUUCAUCGUGGAUCUCCAUUAGCACUAUCAACCUGGCAGGAAACAUAUGGGACUGUAGCUCUAGUAUCUGCCCUCUGGUGUCUUGGCUGAGAAACUUCAGGGGAACUAGAGAUGCCAGCAUUAUUUGCAGCACUCCCAAAUCCCUUCAGGGAGAAAGAGUCAUGGACACAGUGAGGAACAACUCUGUGUGCGAGGAGAUAUUCACCGUGGAACCGACCACGGAAUUAUCUCUUCUUUUGACUACAACUACGACAACUCUUUAUGUAACAAAGCCAGCCACAACCACCACCACAACCCCACGCACCACAACUAGACAGCUUUCUCAAGUUACCCACGUACAAAGAGUCACCCCAAAGGUUUUAUUCCCUGUUCAGUCCAACAACGAAUUCCUACCACCCCUAUCGGUAACACCUAGCAGCCUACCCUUCACCCCCGAACCUGAGUUUGAGCAUAUGACCUUCCACAAGAUCAUCGCCGGCAGCGUUGCCCUAUUUCUCUCUGUGUCUUUAAUCCUAUUAGUAAUUUACGUGUCGUGGCGACGAUACCCUAACAGCAUGAGGCAACUCCAGCAGCACUCCAUUCGACGCAAGCGCAGGAAAAAGACUCGAGAGCCUGAGCACAACAUCAACACUCAACUUCAAGAGUAUUACCACCUAAGCUACAACCAUGCCAAUGCCGAGACCAUGGACUCUUUGGUUAACGGGGCGUGCACCUGCACCAUCUCGGGCUCCAGAGAGUGCGAGGUAUGA